AUGGCGACUAGGAGCCCUCAUUCCGUUGAGAAUGAGGACGAUCCAGCUCUAACGGAUUUUAAAUAUUCCAUGCAUGACGACGAGUCGCAAGAUGCCUCUGCAGACCCUAAGUCCUUGCCGAUGAAGAGGCGUCGCGUGGGCCGUGCAUGCGAUGAGUGUCGCCGGAAAAAGAUCAAGUGUGACGGCAAGCAGCCCUGCACUCACUGCACGGUUUAUAGUUAUGAAUGUUCGUACGACCAACCGUCGAAUCGCCGACGGAAUCCUCCCCCGCAAUAUGUCGAAGCGCUGGAAGCCCGCAUGCAGAAGGCCGAGGCUCUGUUGAGAACUGUCCUCCCGAAUGUCAAUCUGGACGACCCGCAAUUAGACGUACAUGCGACAGAACAGAAAUUUGUUGCUGCCCAGAAGGAAAAACAAGCGACCGAAGAGGCCAAACUCGCAACCGGACCGGAAGAGCCUGCGCCAGAAGCGGGGGAUGAGGGGCUCCUCGAGACCAUGGUUGAUAAUUCGGGCUGUUUAGAUCGCGACGACCAAGGCCAUUGGGAUUAUCACGGACACACAUCGGGAAUCAUAUUUGUGCGCCGACUGCGCAAACAGCUGGGGGCCGUUGAAAUGACAGCGCCAAUGGGAAGAUCGCGCGCCUCGAUCACUGGGCAAAUGAUGGGAAGUCCCAAGUCGUUUUCUGAAUCGCCUCAGGAUACAACUUUACCCCCCACCCACGAUCUGCCCCCACGGGAGGUUGCUCGUCGCCUGUGUCACAAUUCGAUCGACCACGCCUGUUCGCUUAUGCGGUUUGUCCAUGAGCCCUCGUUCUUCGCAAGUUUGGAACGCAUCUACGACACCCCUCCAGAACAAUUCACCAACGAAGAGAACUCAUUCUUGCCGCUCUUGUAUAUCGUUAUCGCUGUCGGUUGUUUGUUCUCAGAAGACGGGCAAGGACAAGGUACCCUCGAUCUAUGUGGCUACGAAAAUGCCAUUGGGCAAGGAUUCCAAUUUUUCAAGGCUGGACGACAACUUUUAGAGAUUACCGAUUGUCGCGACUUGCCCUCUCUUCAGGCAAUCUGUUUCAUGGUUCUUUUCCUUCAAUCUUCCGCCAAACUAAGCACGUGUUAUUCCUAUGUAGGAAUUGCGCUUCGUUCGGCGCUUCGACUGGGUCUCCAUCGCAGUGUUGCGGCAGACUUUAAUCCCAUUGAGCGGGAACUUCGAAAGCGCAUCUUCUGGGUCGUGCGCAAGAUGGAUGUCUACGUUAGCACACUGCUGGGUCUCCCUCAAAUGUUGAGUGACGAUGAUAUUGAUCAGGAGUACCCAAUUGAGGUCGAUGGAGACUUCAUCACUACGGAAGGAAUCACCCAACCGCCAUCCAAUUACACGCCACUGAUGGCAGGAUGCAACGCGCAUACCCGUCUUUCGGUCAUCAUUCUGAAGGUGGUCAAAUACAUCUAUCCGGUUAAGAAUGCUCGCUACCGCUCCAAAUCAGACCAAAGGUACAUGGUCAGCCAUUCAAAGAUUCGCGAAAUUGAGCGGGAUUUGCAAAAUUGGAUGGAGGAGUUGCCCCCGGCCCUGCGACCGGGUACGGAAGUGUCACCCCAGUUAGAACGUGUCCGACAAUUGCUCCGUAUCAGCUACGCCCAUGUACAGAUGGUGAUGUACCGUCCGUUCCUCCACUACGUAUCCGGGGGCUCACAAGCCAGGGGUGUGGACAAGAGGUCUUAUGCUUGCGCUGCUGCAUGCGUUAGUGUGUCCAGAAACAUCGUUCACAUCACCACUGGCAUGCAGAAGAGAGGUCUGCUCAACGGAUCGUUCUGGUUCACCAUGUACACGACUUACUUCUCUAUCCUUUCCUUGCUGUUCUUUGUCAUCGAAAACCCGGAUUCUCCUACCGCCAAGGACGGCGUCCUGAAGGAUGCCAUGGAGGGCAAGCACACUCUAGCCGGGCUGGCCAAGAAAAGUUUGGCCGCCGACCGGUGCUCUCAGAGCUUGAACUGUCUCUUCAAGACCCUACCUGAGAUGUUGAAAAAUCGCCAGAGCUCUAAACCUCCUGUCAACCGCAAGCGGGCCGCACCAGACCACACCUCGGGGCCCGAACCUAAGCCCCUGGCAGAGAAGACGCUGCCACAUCGAUCAAGUACCUUCCCGACGCAGAUGAUGCAACAGCAAAUUCCAAGAGACACACAUAAUCGCCGCCAACAGAGUCUGGACAAUGCCCAAAUCAACAAUCGUUCGACCGAUGCUAGUAAUCAAUCUUCAUGGGUCUCCAAUACGCCGGAGCUGUUGACAGAAACUAUGACUACCCCGGAGCAUAUCUCUUCAGCCGGAUCGAUGAACCCCUCCAUUUCCAGUCAAGACCCAUCAAGCCUAGCAUGGGCACAGCAAUUCACCAACCCCGCCAAUCUUCCGGAUCUCAUGCCUAUGAUGUUCCCAUCUGACGAUCCAUUCGCAUAUCCCACACAGCCCAUGUCCACCUUGGAAGAUGAUCACUUCCGCCACGAGUCCGGACUCCCAUCACAGUAUCCUUUCGAUUCGUUACAGGGUACAGGCAUGGGCCCAACAACCCCAGGCGAUCACAGCGUCGGAUCUUCCACUCCACCAUUCGACCUCACAAAUCUCUCGAACUUCUCAAUCGGACAUAACCAGGGGUACAAGCCACCAGUCCCAAGUCACCUCCGCCCCUCUCAUUCCCGAAGUUCAUCUCGCAUCCAGUCUCCUAUCUCCCAAAGCCAAUCCUCAAUCGACGCAUUAGGUAGUCCAGACCUGGUCUCCAUCCCGAAUCAAAACUUCGUCUGGCAAAGUUACAACUUCCAGCCCAGCGACCCGAAUCAAAUGGCUGCUGAGUCUGUACCACAUCCACCAGAGAUGUCAGACCCGAACCGGAUGCAGAAUGAAGUCCCAGAUAUGAAUGUUGGCAUAGAUGAGAACAUGGGCAUGAAUAUGGACUUGGGGAUCUCGUUUGAUGAUCUUUUCGGCAACAAUGCUGCUUAUCGACCUGGCAACGCUUCGAAUGACGAGUGGACUCAGUGGAUGAAUACCAACACCUGA